AAUCAAGGAGAAAUCUUAGUUAAAAAAGGAAGCACACCCCAACAUCCCUCGUGUCUGUCAUCAUCCGCUUUCUUCAAAUAGAAUCCACCGUUCAUCCUACAAGCAGACCCUAUGUCUCCGUUCUCAAGAUAUUCCUCUUUCUCCCUCUCCCCCCAUUUUUCCAUAUAAAUUUCAACCACAAAACCCUAAUUUUCGCCAUCCAAAUCCCACUCCUCCUUGUAAAAAUGUCGAAACUUAUCUCCAUGUUGCUUAUUUUCAUCUUCGUCUCCACCUCUGUUCUUGCUGCUCGUCCCCCUGCAACUCCAAUGGAAGGUCUUUUGCCAAAUGGAAACUUCGAAGAACCACCAAAAGCAACCGACAUAAAGAAAACAGUCCUGCUGGGUAAAACCGCAUUACCCAAAUGGGAAAUCAGUGGUCUCGUUGAGUACAUCCACGGCGGACCUCAGCCGGGUGGAAUGUACUUUCCGGUGGCACACGGCGUCCACGCCGUCAGACUCGGGAACGAAGCUACAAUCUCUCAAAAUAUAGCCGUGAAAGCUGGAUCUCUGUAUGCUGUGACGUUUGGUGCUUCGAGAACAUGUGCACAGGAGGAGGUUUUGAGAGUGUCGGUGCCGCCACAGUCCGGUGACCUUCCGCUGCAGACUCUUUACAGCAGCGACGGUGGCGAUGUCUACGCUUAUGGAUUUAAAGCGAAUUCGAGCUCAGUGAGGUUAACCUUCCAUAACCCUGGUGUACAAGAAGAUCCCAAAUGCGGUCCUCUCAUUGACGCCGUCGCCAUUAAAGAGCUCCUCCCUCCCAGACCUACUCGCCUUAAUAUCGUGAAAAAUGGCGGAUUUGAGGAAGGGCCUCAUCGAUUAUUCAACUCUUCCAAUGGCGUCCUCCUCCCUCCUCGACAAGAAGACAUAACAUCUCCUCUCCCCGGAUGGAUCAUCGAGUCUCUAAAAGCCGUUAAGUUCAUCGACAACAAACACUUCAACGUCCCCUACGGCGUCGCCGCCAUCGAACUAGUCGCCGGAAGAGAAAGCGCCAUCGCACAAAUCCUCCGAACAAUCCCAAACAAACUCUACAGCCUGUCAUUUGCCAUUGGAGACGCGAAGAACGGGUGCCAUGGAGACAUGAUGGUUGAAGCAUUUGCUGCAAAAGAUACACUGAAAGCGCCAUUUAAAUCGGAAGGAAAGGGGAAGUCGAAGGUGGUGAGCAUGAAGUUUAAGGCGCUGUCAGCGAGAACUAGAGUGACUUUUUACAGCUCGUAUUAUCACACUAGGGCUGAUGAUUUUGGGUCUCUUUGUGGCCCUGUAAUUGAUGAAGUUAGGGUUUUUCCUGUGCGAGCUUAGAUGGAGAAGAUGAUAUGUAAAAAUUCGAGUUGAGUCUGGUCUUAGUUUGUGAAUCAGACCCCUUGAUUUAUUUGAGCUUGGUCACUUGUUUAACGUGCCAUGAAUGGAA